UUCUCUCCUCCUGCUUUCCAACAAUCUCUUUCAUCUCUCUCUUCGCCAGAUUCUAUCUGUCAAAUUAUCUCAUCAAUUUCCCAUUACAUUAUCACUUCGAUCCCCAACCACCAUCCAUGUCAAGAGCACCUAUUUGGCCAAAGAUCCCAAGAGGCUAAGUUGUAAGUUCCAUUUGAUUUCAUUCUCAAAGCGCAGAUUUUCAAGCCCACAAUUGAGGUAAUCAAUGUGAAACUUUUUACCUCUCAAAUUAUUACAAACCCAACAUUUGUACAUAUUUGUUGGUCUAGUACAUGAAAAUGCAGGUGGCAAGAAAUAUAUGAUUAUUGAAUGCUACCCAUCAAACCCAAUAUAUUAUAAUUCUCUCUCCUCUCUCUCUCUCUUUCUCAUCCUGAAUCCUCAAUAUUGCUACAAUUUCUUCAAUCAUCAUCCUCUAUUGAAAGAAGUACACAUCGAUUCUGGUGAACAAAUUUGGUGACUCUAGCAUUACUGUUUCGGGAAGGCUUUUAGAUUUGUAAAGAUGCAGACUCUGAGUCGAUCUAUGAGAGGCCAGUCAUUGCAUGAGCCUGCACCAUUUGCAGAGAAAAUCACAGAAGAACCCGUGACAACGAAAACCGCUCAAAGCACAGUGACCUGCGUCUACCUUGCCAACAUUGCAACCAAUUGGCGCAAGGUGACAGUCAUAUGGUGUAAGAAUCUCAUGAACCAUUCCCUCAGCAUCAGGGUUGAUGGCUUAGAGGGUGAUUUUCAUUACACUUGCAAGAUUGACCUCAAGCCAUGGCAUUUUUGGAGCAAAAAAGGGUACAAAUCAUUUGAGGUGGAAGGAAAUCAAGUGGAGGUCUAUUGGGAUCUUCGCUCUGCCAAAUUUGGCGGUGGCCCGGAACCAUGUUCUGACUUUUAUGUUGCUCUGGUUUGUGAGGAGGAGGUUGUGUUGUUACUAGGAGACAUGAAGAAGAAGGCUUACAAGAGAACCAAAUCCAGACCAGCCAUUGUUGAGGCUCUUCUAUAUUACAAGAAAGAAAACGUGUUUGCCAAGAAAAGCUUUGCCACAAGAGUGAGGUUUGAUGAGAAGAGAAAAGAGCAUGACAUUGUUGUGGAGAGCUCAACAGCCGGACCGAAAGAUCCCGAAAUGUGGAUCAGCAUAGAUGGGAUUGUGCUGAUCCAUGUGAAGAAUCUGCAAUGGAAAUUCAGAGGAAACCAAACUGUGCUUGUGAACAUGGAACCGGUCCAAGUGUUCUGGGAUGUUCAUGAUUGGCUUUUCACAAGCCCAAGCACAGGGCAUGGCUUGUUUAUUUUCAAGCCAGGGGCACCAGAAUCAGAGAGUGACAGAGAAAGCAACGGCAACGGCGGCGGCUUAGACAGUGAUCACAGCAGUGCUUACUAUUCACCUCAGAACAACACAACAACAUCUGACUUCUGCCUUUUUCUUCAUGCUUAUAAGAUUGAGUGAGAGACUUGCACAUAUUUGUGUAUGUCUGUAUAUAUAUGCAUCACAGGUUUUAGCAAUAGCUAGCAAAAACAUUACAACAUAUGGCUGUAAAUUGUAAAUUAUUUUAGUAGCAUUAAUAUAUUUAUAUAUAUGGGCACUCCAAUAUUCAUUUGAUAAAAUGUAAAUUGCUUCAUAUCAUAU